UUUUUCGACUGAGGGGAUGACAACCAACAGUUUCCGCGACUGUUUCACAUUUGACCGUAAACAGAAUAUAUACCAAGAACUUUCCUGCCCGAGGAUGAGCGUUAUAGGCGAAUAACAUUCAGAGCAUAGACAUUACUUGCUUCAAACAGCAUAAUCACUCGUACUAUCAAGUGUUUGACUUUAGCACUUGUAUCUACAAACCGUUUUUUCCCUCACAUUAUUUCUAAUGGCAAUCAUUUCAGACUACGAGCUCUCGCCUUACGCCUCGUCCGAGGACUUACCCCAGCGUUGUCUCCGAAAACCCAUCCGGAUCGGGAUUUUGGGGGCCAGAAGGGCCGGUAAGACACUGCUUGCCCAGAAACUUGCAAGCCUUAACGACGGUUCAACUUUCGCCACGGAUCAGUACUAUCCAACGGUACAAACACUGUCAGCCCUCUUUGAACACUGGGUCUCUCCAUGUCAGACGGCGCCUCUUUCCGCAGAAUCCUCGCAAAGUUCAGGUCUAGACAAAUGGAAGACCCGCAUCCUCACCUCCAGCAAGGCACAAAGGUUGGCAAGCCAAGGGGGACAGCUUUCGGAUUUUGAGGCCAUGUUGCAGGACGCGGAGUCGCCAGUGUUGGUUGAAAUUAUCGACACCCCUGGCUUCCAGCUGAACCCCGCCGCUUCGCUCACCGGGCUUGGCUCUAUCGAUGCAUAUAUCAUUGUCUGUGGCUCGGGCGACGCCUCAGAGUUGGAAGCAAUACGAGCCGUCCACGAGACUUUGAAAACGAUCGCCAGAGAUACCCAGGUUCAGGAAGAAUGUGAUCCGUACAUUUCGGAUGGCGAGUACUACGGUACACUCAACGAAGAAACAGACGAUGAUGAUAGUAUUGGAUGCUUCAUCAAUGGGCCUAGCCCACCUGUCCGGGCGAAAGAGAGAGGCCGCAACUUGUCCACCGCCACGCGUACCAGCCAGGCUUCUCCUUCGAACUCCGAAACGUCGGAGUCGGAAUCGAUGUUUACCCUUCAGCAUCAGAGUACCAAAGAGUCAAUGGGAUCUGCCUCGGGCCAGGACGUAUCAAAGGCUAGCCUAGGGCGCAGGGCUGGGAGGUUCAUGUUCAAAGCUUUCAAAAAGGUUGUCUUAGACACGCCUUCGCGGAGACAGGUUCAGCUGACCCCCAAAGCGGGAGUGGCCGAGACAAAGCGCAGAAGUCAGCACAGCAAGUGCACGGACAGCAACCUACCAGCGGUGGCUGGUAGAAAAAAUGUUACCCCGAUCUUGCUCCUUCACAAUCUGUUUAACGGCACGGACGACACAACAAAGACCCAGGAGUUUGCUUCCCAAAAUGGAGUGCUUUUCCAGAGUGUUUGUUUGGGGAAGAACCGAGACGAAUACGUAAGAGCCGCGCUUGAUGCGUUGGUGAAUGAGGUUGGAUGUUGAAUCCUAAUGUUUGUCGGGGGAGGAACGGGUACCCGAAGCUCGGGCCCAUGUCUCCUCAU